AUGUUGCCGCCCCCUCCUCCCGCGCCGCUGGCGCCGCCCCUUCCGGCGCAGACAGGAAACGGGGCGGGGCCCGACGGGGCGCCAUCUUGCUCCCCGCGCCCACCCCGCGCCAUGGCGGGUCCCCCGGGGCUGAAGCCACUGGUGGCCGUGGGCCAGGUCACCUCCACGCCCGACAAGGAGCAGAACUUCGCCACCUGCGCCGGGCUGGUGCGGGAGGCGGCUCAUCGCGGCGCCUGCCUCGUCUUCCUCCCCGAGGGCUUCGACUACAUCGGCUCCGACACGGCGCAGACCCUCGGCCUGGCCGAGGGCCUGGACGGGGACCUCAUGGGUCGCUACACUGAGCUGGCCAGGGACUGUGGCGUGUGGCUGUCCCUGGGCGGCUUCCACGAGCGUGGCCGGGACUGGCCGACCACACAGCGCAUCUACAACUGCCAUGCACUGCUGGACCCCGCAGGUCGCCUCGCAGCCGCCUACAGGAAAACCCACCUGUGUGACGUGGAGCUGGAGGGACGCGUCACCAUGAAGGAGAGCAGCUUCACCAACGCCGGCACCGAGAUCGUGGCCCCGGUCAGCACGCCGGCAGGGAAGCUCGGCCUCUCCAUCUGCUACGACCUGCGCUUCCCCGAGAUCUCGCUGGCGCUGCGGCGUGCCGGCGCUGAGAUCCUCACCUACCCCUCGGCCUUCACCGUCCCCACGGGCUCGGCACACUGGGAGGUGCUGCUGCGGGCCCGGGCCAUCGAGAGCCAGUGCUACGUGGUGGCGGCCGCCCAGACCGGGAAGAACCACGAGCGGCGGACGUCCUAUGGCCACGCGCUGGUGGUGGACCCCUGGGGCGCGGUGGUGGCCCAGUGCCGCGAGGGACCCGGGCUCUGCUACGCUGAGAUCGACCUCGACUACCUGCACCGCAUCCGCCGGGAGAUCCCGGUGCACAGCCACCGCCGGCCCGACCUCUACGGCACCGUGGCAGCCACGGGGCUGGCACCAGUGCCAUGAGCCGCUCCCUGGUGUGGUAAAAUCUGGAGCAGGGACAGAGCUGCUCCAUUUCAGACCAUUUCUCCCCAAAACAUGGCAGCAAGAUGCGCUCAGGGCUCCCCGGCCCCCUGUGCUGCAGCCAGGAGGGUGUCCCCCCCAAAGCCCCCGCAUUGCUGGGGGGGGGUCCGGGGUCCCCCCGGCACAGGCAGGGGUGGAAGGAAGGAACCAGGCGCUGCAGUAGAUGUUUAUUUCAAGAAACCUGAAAGCUACAGAGGGAAUAUGACCAUUAUAUUGAAGUUUAAAAAAUACAGAAGUCACAGAAAUUACACCAAGUUGUGCCAGAAUCAUCCGUAAGUGGAGGGGGGGCUGCGUGCCCCGGGGGGGCCACACACACCACGAGUCCUGGAGGGGCUGCCCCCACCCCGGAGGGGGUCUGCACCCACCAGCAGCCGAGCAGGGAUGGGGAGAAAAAACACAAAACCAGGAUGGAGCUGGAAAAAAAUCCCCCCCUGCCCGGGAGACCCACAGGCAGCAGCUGGGGGGGGCAGGACCGGCCAUUUUAGGGGCUCUCUGGGGACAGGGAGCCAGGGAGGGGGCCGGGCGGCCUCCAACACGUGCAGGCAGAGUGCAGGCAGAGGCUGGUCUGCCUACUGCCAGCAACAGGCAGAUCACACCGCCCCAACGUGCCCCUCGUCCCAGUUUGUCCCAGUUGCCAGCUGGAGAGGGGAGGGAGAGCCAGGCAGCCGCGGGGGGGGACAGGCAAGAGAUUUUGGGGCGUCCCUCAGCGCUGGUCCUCCCCCCCGGCCCCCGCAGGGGAGGGGGACGCGAAGGCACAUGGUCCAGGGGACGCCGCAGGGACGCAGCCCGGCGAGGGGACGCUUUUACUCCUGAGAAACCCACUGAGGCAAUGGGGGGGGCAGGAAAAUGGGGACGCUGCCCGGGGGCAUCCCCCGGCACGUGGACCCCCCCCGGGACGGUGACACAAGGGCAGGAGGGGGGCAAAGCCACCCCCGAACCCAGCACAGGCACCGCGGGGCCGAGCCCAC